GCCGAGUCACAUAAUGGUAGACACACAUACGCUCACCUGCCUCUACUUAACACACCAAGCAUCCAUUCAUAAGCCAAACCUGUAGAUCAACCGCCUUGUCGUGUACAACCGAUCAGUCUCAUUUAACAUGGAGACAAUAAUCUUGGAUCCUUGGUUUGAAUUUCUCGGGGUGGCAUCCGCCAGCACCCCCGCUUUGGCCUCGUUUCUCUCCGCCCAUGGUGCAGACCUUCAGCAGCUGUCCCCCAAGACCUACCCCGAUGGCGUCACCUACUACAACUUCAAAGCAAGCGGUAUAUCCAUAGCAUUUGACCAGAAGGGGCUACUCGAAAGCGUAGACUUUUACCGGGAGGUGAUCCCGGCAGCAAUGCUCUUACCGUUUGGCAUCUCGGCGCUGGACACAGGCAAGACGCUAGUGAAGAAGUUUGGCGAACCCACGGAAAAGGGAGGGGGCUUCAAGGCUAAGAUGGAUAUUUGGUUACGUUGGGAGUUUUUCCAAGUAGAGUUGGACGAAAGAAGCUGGGAGGCUGGCGACCAGGCGCAGUGGAAGGCUCUUACGAUUUUCAAAGCGUAAGCUGUAGAGGCAUUUUAGAGACGGGAAAGGAAAAAAAAAAUGGAGUGACUAUAUAACCAGAUUAGCUAGUCUAAAGAACCGCGACUCCAGCCCGUCUGAAGGCGUUCACUUGUGGAAAAUCUUGGUUAAAGAAAGAAGAUACUUUUAAAGGCCCAGCUAAAGAAUAUGGCUUUGUUAACUAACGAACAUCAAUCGGAUGUUGAUCUCAGAUGUUGAUCUCAGAUGGUGAUCUCAGAUGGUGAUCUCAGAUGGUGAUCUCAGAUGUUGAUCUCAGAUAUUGAUUUCAGAUAUUAAUCUCAGAUAUUGAACUCAGAUAUUAAACUCAGAUAUCCAUUCUUCACUAAGAGAAGCAGAUUCUCCAUUCUCAUUAUGGUAGACGUUUCUGACAUAAAUACCGACAUCGGAAAUGGACCCAUAGGCUAUAAGGAAGAAAAGAUUUACCUAAUAAACGUUUUAAGGCACCCUUCAC